GUGAUCAUGAUCGUUCUUGGGUUGUAAUCAACAUCCAAGACAUGCCAUCAUUCAUGAUGCUCCUCAUCCUUUUCUCUUUUCCUUUACCAAAAUUUAACAAACUAAUAAAGAUAGAUCCCCGAUGUCAUAUACACAAGUACUAGGACUACAAGCUAGUGAGCUUAUUCCAUCACUAGCUCACCCCUAGUUUCAGUCCACAUUAAUGGCAAGCUUACCUGAACCCGUCCACGAAAACCCCAUUGAUUUUCGUGCCCCGCCACCUUCUCCAGUUGCCUCUGGCCGGCGAUCAUCCCUCACAAAUGACGAUAUCAUUACCGAAUUCCUCCAGCACUCCCUCAAUGUCCCUGACCUCAUCUUGCCAGACAAAUUCUUUCCAAAACAAAAAUCAGUUGAAAAUCCCCCCACAAUUGAUUUUGAAACAUUGUGUUCAGAUCAAUAUGAUGAUGCUAGUGUUACCAAGAUUAUUGAGUCAAUAGCAAGAAUUGGGUGUUUUCAGUUAGUGAACCAUGGAAUUUCAAGUGAUUUUGUAAGGUCAGUGCAGGCUGAAGCCACCGGGAUUUUCCAGGUGCCACUGGAGAAGAGGGCGGACAUAACAAGGUCACCGGAGAAGCCGUAUGGGUUCGAGGAAGUUCACGGUGAGGAAGCUGACACCGAAUUGAGUGAAGAGUUCGUUUGGUGUAGAGAACAAGGUUUGAAGUUGGCAAUGGAGGGAAUUUGGCCAAUUGGGUAUUCAAAUUAUUCAAAUUUCAGCAAGAAAUUGGAGACCCUUAUGACAGACAUUGAGAAGAUUUGUGAGAGAAUUCUACAAAGCUUAUUGAGCUUUAAACAAAAACAAUCUGUUAAUGGAAAUGCUUUGGUUCAAGGAAAAGAACUUGGGACAGUUUGUUGUUUUUACAAGCACAAUCAGAAUGUUUUAGCUGAUAAGUGGGAUAGCUAUCUGAGAUAUGAUGUGAUUAGGAUGCUGAUAAGAGGAACUGAUUACUCUCAUGCCUUGUGUCUGCAUCUUUGUGAUGGAUCCUCAGAGUUUCAUGUUUACUCCAAGAAAGGUUGGGUUUCUUUUAGCCCAGAUAAAGAUGCUCUUGUAGUUACCACAGGGGACCAAAUGCAGGCAUGGAGUGGAAGCCAAUACAAGCAUGUGAUAGGAAGGCCAAUCUUUAAGGCUGAGAAGGAGGAAUGCAUUUCAAUGGCCCUUCUCUAUUCCCCUCCAAGCACCAUGACAAACUCCCAAAGCAACAAGGAAAAGAAAAUCUUACUCGGUCAACAAUUUAUAUUGGCUAUAUUACUAACUCUUGUCUACCAAUUUUCAGUAUACUUCUACAGAAAUUUUUGAUGUGUUGUUUUGACCGAUUUAUAAGGAAUAUUAUACAUGUUUAUUCCUACAAUGAUAUUGAAAUGUCAGUGUUCUCUUCUUUCGUUACCAAUGGUGUGUAUGCUAUACUAUUUUUGUUUUUGGACAGGAAGCAAGUCUGCAACCUUUUUGUUUUUGGCCUGAAGAGUAUUCUAUUUGUGUGCUUGAUGUUCAGCUCGAGUGCAAGAUGCUUGAUAGUGAAACUGCUUCUGCCUCGGGCAAUAUGGGAGUUGUUAAUAUCAUAGAUAUUGCUUGCUCAAAAUUCAUCAGGCAUGUAUUAACAAGUCGAGAGUCUCUAAAAUAACAUAUGUAGUUUUGGUUUGUGGUGUG